UAAACAGAGAGAGGAAGGACUCAGCUAGCUGCAGUCAACUUUACUGAUGACAGCUUGUGGAGACGCCUUCAGUGGGACCCUGACGGGGAAGCUUAAAUGACAGACGGACAACACCUGACACCAACGGGACUUGAUUAAAGUCUUUGUGACAGCACAGGUGGAUAUGGGUCUCUGCAAGUGCCCGAAGAGAAAGGUGACCAAUUUAUUCUGCUUCGAACAUCGUGUCAAUGUGUGCGAGCAUUGCCUCGUCUCCAACCACAACAAGUGUAUCGUACAGUCGUAUCUGCAGUGGCUGCAGGACAGUGACUACAACCCCAACUGUGCUCUGUGUAAUAUUCCCCUGACUGCUCAAGACACUGUCAGACUUGUCUGCUACGAUGUCUUCCACUGGGCCUGUCUUAAUAACCUGGCAUCUCGGCUCCCCCUCCACACGGCUCCAGCUGGAUACCAGUGUCCCACCUGUCAGGGUCCAGUGUUUCCCCCCUCCAAUCUGGCCAGCCCAAUUGCCGAUGUGCUGAAAGAACAGCUGUCAUCUGUUAACUGGGCUAGAGCUGGUUUAGGGCUGCCGCUGAUUGAAGAGCCCAUCGGGGUCCUCGAGGAGACCACAGCUAAUGAUGUCACUGAUUAUACUGACUGGUCAACAUUUGAUGCACAAGAACAAAGUAACAUUUACCCCAGCCACUCUUACAACACCAGCCUCACCCCUCCACCAAACUCCAUCUCACCCCCAGCACAGGAAGACCUUGGAGGUCUUCGUAAAAAUGGGGAUCCAAAUAUGCAGGAGCACGCUGUGAUCAACUUCACUACUGCCACCACCAGUGACACAAUCACAAUACACUCAGCGUCUUCCCCAAGAAAACUCUACGACACACGGGACGUUGGUCACAGCUCUGUCACACAGAUCGACUUUGAUGACGACAAGUACCGGCGGCGACCAGCGUUAAGUUGGUUUGCUCGAAUUCUCAAGAACCGCACGGGUGGAAAACGGACUUCCCUGUCCUGGAAACAGCGGGUCUUCAUGCUUCUUCUGGUCGGAGUUCUUGGAUUCUUUACGUUGAUAAUCAUCAUGGCUAAACUUGGACGUGCCUCGGCUGGCUCAGACCCAAAUUUAGAUCCUCUUCUUAACCCCAACAUUCGUGUGGGGAAAAACUGAUAACAAGCAUUGAUUCCUUCUUUUCCUUCUGUGUUACACAACAUAGGCUUGUGUAGAACGAGCUGAAGUGGGACUUUCUAAUACUCGGUUAGCCCAAUAGAGAGAGCUUUGCCCAACUUGAAUGGAAAAGAGAGUGGAGGCAGUCCCUGGCUCCAUUCGUUUACAUCAGGCAUUAGAAACAUGCCAGACACUGAAAAUAUCUCACAACAUUCAGGAGGUUUCCUGUGAUCCAAGCAGAGCAACCUGAAAACUCCAGUGGUGACCAAGGCCUGAAGCGUAGAGACAAAGGAUCCAGUUCAUGUUGCUUUGAAUAGCUAUUGACAAAGAGGGGCAAUAUUUAUAUUUCCAAUUCCAGCUAACACUUGUCAGUGAUCUUUUUAAGUUAAUUUUUUUUUAAGUUCAGUAGAAACUAAAUAUACACUGUUGAUGUUGAAAGAACAUCUUUUGCUGGUAGAAUGUCAGAAUGUAUAUGAUCAGCAAGGAAACGCUCAGUAACACUUACACAGUCAGAACCUGAUUCCACAAGCUGAUUUGAACUGAGCGGCCAGAGGUGGCCUUCACAACUGGAAUCAAAUACCCCACACGUGAUUAAUACAUAACUAUUUAUGGGUGUGCAUUAUUUCUGAAAUUGAGUGCAUUGCUUUUAGAUUUGCCAUAUAUACUGUAUGUACAUUUCCCUGAUGUUUUUGACUGUCUAUUAAAUGGGAAUACUACAGAAUUUCAGUAUUUUAAUAUUUUUUAAAGUCCAUAGAUAGUUACCAUCAUCUAAUGCGGUGUACAGGCAAAAUUAAGAGUGAAGGAUUUCUAAAAUGUCGUCUAACCCUUACUCAGACAAAUUCUGUUGCCUGUUUCUGAUAAAGCAGCUGCUGGUUGUCAGCAGCAUUUGGAUGCUAUCACAGUAAAUUGUUGCACUCAAGUGAGAACAUUCAUGAAUAAUUUUUCAAAAUCACACAAAAAGGCCAAGAAGAGUUACAGCAAGUAAACACUCAUUUACUCUCUCAAACAGUGUUUCACUGUGAAAAGACACUAUGAAGAUUUCUGUCUCCAUAAUAAAAGUCUGUGUUAACAUUGUGAAUAAGAAAAACAUGCUUCAUCUUCAUGGGAUGGGUUCUGCUUUAUAAUCAUUCAUUUGUUGUCAACUUCUUGUUUGUUUUGUGAAAUUGCAUUCCUAUAUGCAGAAAAAAAA